AUGAUAUUCGUCUGGAUUGUCCUCGCCGGUGCGCUGGCAUCAUGCAGAGAGGGAAUCCUUGACGGUGACUGCUUCCUACUAAGCUGCGACGUCAUCCUGGACCAAGUUUAUUGUUCUGUUUGCACAGCAAUGACAGAGUUUCUAAUCGAUGGCCAGUGCCUAUCCACAAAUGUAGACAAUACAUGCCGUCACUCCUUCGGAAACGGGACAUGUGACUCUUGUGCCGGGCCAUAUUUAAGCUACCGGGGUGGAUGCUACCGGGUCGGAGAGGAUCCAGGUAAUUUUAUCUGCAAAUCUGAAGACGUUUUUUAUGUUGACGGCACAGCGCUUUGCAGAAAGUGCGUUGUCUACGGGGAGUUCCCGAUUGACGGAUCCUGCACCAAAAAGGCCCAGGGGAACCGCUGUGGGACAACCGGCUACGAGGGAGUCUGUGAAACUUGCGGGACUGGGUACUUCUACCACAACGGGGGAUGCUACCGGAAGAACCGCUUUCCUGGGAACAAGAUCUGUGCCGACUCUUCUGCCGUAGAGCACAUUGGACACUGUGGAGCUUGUCUUGCUGGUUAUGAAACAUAUAAAGGUACGUGUUUGGCCUGUGAGGACAUAAAUUGUCGCAAGUGCGGAGUCAGCAUGUCUAACUGUGAGGUUUGCCACGACGGAUACUACCUCGAUCGCGACAUGCACGACGGCAAAGGCGCAUGCGUACCGUGUAAUCCCAUCAGGAACUGUGAAACAUGCCUUACAGAUGAAGAGUGUACUUCGUGUGCGAGGGGCUUCUUUGCCGGAUUCUUGAAGGCAUCUGGUCACUGUGUUUCCUGCGACAAGGGAGGAGAUGGAUAUGCAGGUGUGCCGAACUGUCAAGUAUGUUUGCCACCACACCCGGGUACUUCUGAUAUGGCUGCAUUUUGUACUGAGUGCGCCGGUGGUUUUUACUUGCUGAUCUCUGAGGACAGAACUCAGACCAGCUGCGUUGUCUCCUGCCCUAAGAAUAAGAUACAUUACUCCAACCGCUGCGUGACCGAACUAGAGGGAUGCCACAGCUAUGGCCGCAAUGAUGAAUGUGUUAAGUGUGUGUCGGGCUAUCGCCUGGCAGAGGGCGUCUGCGAAAGAUGUGCCGUGGAUAACUGCGAAGUAUGCACCUCCAGCUCGUCAGUUUGCAAUAUAUGCAAGGCUGGCUAUGGACUGGAAAGUGGUAUGUGCAACUUGUGCGGUGAAGGGUGCCGGACCUGUGAUGGUGACGUCUCUGUCUGUACUACCUGCCUCUUAAGGUUUAACUACAUUAGCCCAGGUAAAAAUUGCUGCAUCUCUACGUGUCCAGAGCACUCCCAUGAGGUCUUUAGUGGGGAGCUGGGCUUCUGUGAGUGCUAUGGUGACUACAAGCCAUCCGCAGACGGUCUCAGAUGCGAGAAGUAA